UCGACAGCUUGUCCCGCUAUUCUUUGCUCACUGGCACGGGAAAUUCAUCGGUGUCGCGAUUAUGCAGGACGGCAGAGCACCAAGGAUCAGGAAUCGGGCGCCUGCCGCUAUCCAGAUCACUGCAGAGCAGCUUCUGCGAGAGGCUCAAGAGCGUCAAGAAUCCACCUUCCGCGCUCCCAAACAACGUGUUGAAGAUUUUGAAGAACUUCACGAGUACCGCGGCCGCAAGCGAAAGGAAUUUGAAGAGCGAGUCAGAAGGACAAGAGGCAGCAUUAAAGAAUGGACUCAGUAUGCAAACUGGGAGGCAAGCCAAAAUGAAUUUGACCGGUCUCGCUCUAUCUUCGAACGUGCUUUGGACGUGGACCCUCGAAGCAUUCAGCUAUGGCUCAGUUAUACUGAAAUGGAACUCAAGUCUCGCAAUGUCCAACACGCACGCAAUCUAUUCGAUCGCGCCGUGACUCUAUUGCCUCGGGUAGACCAACUCUGGUACAAGUAUGUUUACUUGGAGGAGCUUCUGCAAAAUGUCCCCGGUGCCCGACAAGUCUUUGAGCGGUGGAUGCAAUGGGAACCGGAUGACAAAGCUUGGCAGGCAUACAUAAAGAUGGAGGAGCGGUAUGAUGAAUCGGACAGGGCCAGUGUUAUAUAUGAGCGGUGGAUAGCUGUAAGGCCAGACCCGAGGGUAUGGGUGAAGUGGGCAAAGUUUGAGGAGGAGCGGGGAAAGUUGGACAAGGCAAGAGAGGUAUUCCAAACCGCUCUUCAAUUCUUCGGCGACGAGGAAGAGCAGGUUGAGAAGGCUCAAGCAGUUUUCAAUGCUUUUGCCAAGAUGGAAACUCGGUUGAAAGAGUACGAGCGCGCUCGAGUGAUAUACAAAUUCGCACUAUCACGUCUUCCGCGAUCAAAAUCGGCGAAUUUGUACGCAGCUUACACCAAAUUCGAGAAGCAACAUGGCACACGGUCCAUUGUAGAAUCCACUGUGCUCGGCAAGCGAAGAAUCCAGUAUGAAGACGAAGUCGCGCAGGACGGACGAAAUUAUGACGUCUGGUUCGACUAUGUUAGGUUGGAAGAAGGUGCCCUACGAACCUUGCGAGAGGAAGGAGGCACCAAAGAAGAGGAGGAUGCUGCCAUGGAGCGCGUGCGAGACGUUUACGAGCGUGCUGUUGCGCAUGUCCCUCCUGGACAAGAAAAGCGUCAUUGGAGACGGUAUAUCUUCCUUUGGCUUGAGUAUGCUUUGUUCGAGGAGAUCGAAACCAAGGACUAUGACCGUGCACGCCAAGUAUAUCGCACAGUUCUAAGCCUUGUGCCACACAAGCAGUUUACCUUUGCAAAACUGUGGAUCAUGGCUGCGAGGUUUGAGAUCAGGCAGUUGGAUUUGAUGGCAGCGCGCAAAAUGCUCGGGACCGCAAUUGGCAUGUGUCCGAAGGAGGCUUUACUCAAGGGUUAUAUUCAACUCGAGAUGGAUCUGCGAGAAUUUGAUCGCGUGCGGACAUUAUACGAGAAGUAUCUUGAGUACGAUCCUACCAACUCAGCGGCGUGGAUCAAGUACGCUGAACUCGAGACGGCUCUUGAGGACUUCACCCGUGCAGAGGCGAUCUUUGAACUUGGAGUAUCUCAAGCAUCGCUAUCUAUGCCCGAAAUCCUUUGGAAGGCAUAUAUCGACUUCGAAGUCGAUGAGCAGGGUGAUCGGGAGAAGACGAGGUCACUUUACGAGCGCCUGGUGAUCCUCAGCGGACACCACAAGGUGUGGAUAUCCUAUGCCGAGUUCGAGGGGUCGAGUAUUCCCCUGCCCAGGGCUCUGCGAGAAGAAGAGGAAGACGAGGAUGCCGAACCUCGUGUUGUCGCUGGUGAUCCCGAACUAGCACGACAAGUCUUUGAACGUGGUUACAAAGACUUGAAGGCCAAGGGCCUAAAAGCCGAGAGGGUUGCUUUGCUUGAGUCAUGGAAGGCAUUCGAGCAAGAACACGGCAGCGAGAGCGAUGUCACCAAGGUACAAGGUAUGAUGCCUAUUGUCGGCAGGAAGCAGCACGUCGACAAAGAGACAGGCCAGGUUGUGGAAGAUUGGGAACUUGUGUUCGCCGACGACGAACGAGAAGCCAACCCAAGAUCUUUCAAGUUCUUGCAGAUGGCUCAUGCCUGGAAACAUUCGCAGGCCAAGAAAUCGGGAGGGCCUGGUAUUCUUUCUGGUUUCACUCCCGCAGUUGAAUCUGCUCAGAAUGAUGAUGUACGGAUGGAGGACCGUAAGGAGCAGGACGAUUCACAUAGCGAUGUCGCUAGUUCUGAUGGUGAAUGAUGGUUGACCAGGUACCUGCUGGUUUUAUGUAUUCUGUAAUUUCUGAAUGCAUUUGCUUGUCGAGACUC